UUUAUUUGCGGAAGUAGUCAAAUACURCUUACUCCAGAUGUAUUAUUGAAGACAGCAAACUGCUAAAAGAUGCUACAGUGUAUACAGUCGAGAGAAAUAGGUCUUCAUCCUCCAACUUAUUUACAAAGAAUUGAAAAGACAAGAAGAUCUGAAUCGAUAUGUUUGAGUCAAAAAGGAGACUUUGAACAAUCACAUACCAGUGGCAUAAACUCUAUAGACAUUGACCCAGUAGAUGGUAGAUAUUUAUUAUCAUGUAGRUCGAACUCUAAGAUAUUUAUUCACGAUGCUGCAACGGCGUAUUACGCUAAYAAYUURAAGUGCGAAAGCGUUACUYCUAUUGACAAGAAUGRCAAAGGAAACCACCAACARAGCAUUGAGACGAUUCAYUGGUAUCCACAAGAUACUGGGAUGUUCUUGACAAGUUCUGCGGACAAAACUCUUAAAGUUUGGGACACAAAUGCUUCYCAAGUUGUUGAGAAUUUUCACUUUGAAGGCAURUUGUAUCAUCAUCAGAUAGGAAGYCAAACCAAGAAACAUUGUUUAGUMGCUGCAGCAUGUGAAGAUAGUAGAGUUUACRUGUGUGACCUGGUCUCAGGYUCUUCUAGUCACAUACUAAGAGGGCACACAGGGGCUGUUCUWUCCUUAGCAUGGUCGCCYAGGAAUCAUUAUAUGRUAGCCUCUGGUAGCCGUGACAACAAGAUUCUAUUUUGGGACAUACGGAAAGCAACAGGAAGUCUCUURACRCUAGACCAACACAARGGUAAGGGWGGUUCUGGGCGAAUGAACGUCAAAACUUCACAUAAUGGACAUAURAAUGGCCUCCAUUUUACUGGUGAUGGGUUGUUUUUACUUUCUUAUGGRACUGAUAARCGRUUACGAUUAUGGGAUACGUACAGCGGUAAAAAUACYUUGGUGAACUUUGGUAUUAUACCUAAUAAUUCRCAGAAGUCUGUUCAGUUUGCUACAACGGUUGAUCAUGCUACUGACCUUGCAUUUGUUCCCAGCUCAAGUAACAUUGAGGUUUAUGACAUUCAAUCUGGCAGCAAGAUWAAGASUCUUGGAGGACAUUAUAGUAAUGUAAAUUGUUGUAACUACCAACAGGAUUUGCAAGUGCUUUUUAGUGGUGCUAAUGACAGCCAACUUCUACCUUGGCUUCCUUAUAUGGAAGAACGAGAACCAGAUGAUGAGGUGUCUGAUGCUAAGAAUGAUGGGAAAGCUAAGGGUAGUAUUGACCCAUACAAAGAUACAUGGAGCAGUGACGAAGACUAAAAUUUUGUACUGUAGAAUGUAGAAAUAUGUCCUAUAUUAGUAUUAACUUGUCAGAGUAGAAAAGAAUAACUUAAUGUAAGUAAAUAUAAUAAACAAACAAGCUUUUUA